AUGAGUUCUUGUCAAAUUUCUUUAAGGUACCGGUAUAAUCUCAAGAAAUCAAAAAGAGUAAAAGCUUUUCAUUGCAGGGAGUAUGAUUCAUGCAUUGAGAAAGCCAAGUUGUUUGCAUCUGUUUCAUCUAAGAAGACGGGGAAAUAUGCUCAUAGAGAUGAUGCCAUUGUUCAUGCACUUGAGCUUGAAGGUCAGGGUAACAAGCAAUCUAGGUCGUUUAGAACUCCAAAUGAUUUGAAGGAUGUUAGGAUGAGAAUUGCUGGCAGGAUUGUGGAGAUAGUGCUUGAUGGGUGUCUGGUUCCUUGGAAGCGGGCUGGGAAAGCACUGAAAAUUGUUGGCAAUUUUAGGAGGAUUUUGAUGAUUACGGACGUGAAUAUAAUGAAAAUUGGCAGCAGCUUCUGGAGUCAUGUGCUGGGCAAAGCUGGCUGUCGUCGCAUCCCUUGGACCAGGGUGGAGGGGGGACAUACUGAGUUGAAGGGGUUGUUUCUGGAGUCAUUUGAUGAGUGGGAAUUUGUUGGCCACCAUUGGCUGAUGACUGAUACCAUGGCCAGAUUGGAUAAAGAUUUGCCUGAUCUUGUCGCUGCGCUCAGCAAGGUCACGGUGUCGCGCACAGUGGCAACAUGCUCUGAGCUUGCCGCUACGAGCAACGAGAUCAUAGCGGCGCGCACAGCAGUGACCAGAUUGCCACUAUGCGGGAAGAACUCAAGCGUCGUCUAG